CGGGGCCACUGGCGCUGGCGCGGGACCUGCUGGCCGAGGGUGGGGAGCCCUUCUUUGUCCUCAACAGUGACGUGAUCUGCGAGUUCCCCUUCGUGGCGCUGGCCCAGUUCCACCGGCAGCACGGGGGCGAGGGCUCACUGGUGGUGACCCGGGUGGAGGAGCCGGCCAAGUACGGGGGGGUGGGGAGGGAGCCCAACUUUGUGGAGAAGCCGCGUGUCUUUGUGUCCAACAAGAUCAAUGCUGGGCUCUAUAUCUUCAGCCCUGGCAUCCUGCAGCGCAUCCAGCUGCGCCCCACCUCCAUUGAGAAGGAGAUCUUCCCUGCCAUGGCGCAGGAGGCCAUGGAGCUGCAGGGCUUCUGGAUGGACAUUGGGCAGCCAAAGGACUUCCUUACGGGCAUGUGCAUGUAUCUGCAGGCACUGCGGGCUCAGCACCCCGAGAAGCUGCACUCAGGGCCUGGUGUUGUAGGGAAUGUGCUGGUGGUAAGUGCCAGCCCCCAUGGGGCAAACUGUGUCAUCGGCCCCAACGUGACGAUCGGGGCUGGCGUGGUGGUGGAGGAUGGGGUGCGCAUCAAGCGCUGCACUGUGCUGGAGGGGGCCCGCAUUCGCUCCCACUCCUGGCUGGAGUCCUGCAUCGUGGGCUGGAGCUGCUCCGUGGGGCAAUGGGUGCGCAUGGAGAACGUGACAGUGCUGGGUGAGGAUGUCAUCGUCAACGACGAGCUCUACCUCAACGGAGCCAACGUGCUGCCGCACAAGUCCAUUUCUGAGUCGGUGCCGGAGCCGCGCAUCAUUAUGUAG